AGACAAACAGUGGUCACAUUGGAAGUGGGCAGGCGGUGCUCUACUGGUGAGGGAGUAUUUUCGUUUCGUACGGCCAAUGGUCACGAAAUUAUGCGCCAAUUGAAACGGGCGAUAACCAAUUGGGCACAAUAUAAGGCCAAUUGUCGUACUAAUAUCGGCACUGGCCAACUAUCGACAUCGGCAGCCAGUGGUGGUGGUGGCAAUCGCCAACAGCAGCAUCGGUACAGUAGAUCGCGUAGUUCGGCUUCGUGUACACCCGAGAUGCUGACCAUUGGUGGCGGCGGCGUUGGCAACUUGUUUACCGCCAGCACAUCCACAAUAAACACCAACAACAAUACCAGUGCUUGUCUACGGGCGUCGACACCGUCGCCGCGCAAGACCUACAAAGUCCGUCGCGGCGAUACCGAACCAAACCAUUCGGGCGCAGGUAUGUCGGGUGCAUCGGCUCCACCGGCGGCCAAAAUGUCAAAAAACAAGUCCAUAUCGAUCGGCGAUGAUGUCAAUUAUGUGAUACCUAUUUUCGAUGACAAUGAUGAAGACAAUGAUAGUAGUAAUGAUGACAACAACGAUGGCGGCGAUGAUAAUGAUGACGGCGACUACGGUAUUGUCUGUCCACUGACCACAAAGUCCAGUGAUGGCGGCGGCGGCGGUGGCGGUAACUAUAUUAAUGGUAUCUAUGGCUCUAUUAGUGGUAAUACUAGUAGUAGUAAUAAAUCGUCAAAAACCGGUUAUGACUGCCGAAACCAACAACAACAACAUCUACAACGCCAGAGCACCGGUAGUCGACGCAAGUCGUCGGCCGACGAUUCAAUACAUAGUAAUAAUAAUAAUAAUAAUAAUAAUAAGCAAAAAGUUUUUAACAAUAAAGUUGGUGGUAGUGGUGGUGGAGGAGGAGGAGUAGGAGGUUGUCAUAGGAGUGUCGCCAGUCGUACGGAUAGUGGUAACAGUGCUAUGAGUGUCGGCAGCAGUAUUAUUAGCAAUGGCGCCGCCGAUGACAGUGGCAUACAUUGCACGGGUAGUGGUUUGACCAGUGCUGGCGGCGGCAGUGGCGGUGGCGGUGAUCCAAGUGAUGGAUUACUAAGACUUUCAACAAGCGAUCAUUGGCGAGAUCUAUCAGCGGACGGAUCUCGGGUUGUGUGUGUCUACUAUGGUCCGGGACUAACAGCGCAUAUAGUGGACAGAAAAAACGGCAACACAACACAUUUGGUGGCAGCGUCGAGGAUUAAGGACUCAUCUAAAAUCGGUAGCAAUCGACUUAAACGAGUCGGUGCUCACCUGAAAGAGUGUGACAAUGAUAGUGACAAUGAUAGUGACAAUGAUAGUGACAAUGAUAGUGACAAUGAUAGUGACAAUGAUAGUGACAAUGAUAGUGACAAUGAUAGUGACAAUGAUAGUGACAAUGAUAGUGUCAAUGAUAGUGACAAUGAUAGUGACAAUGAUAGUGACAAUGAUAGUGACAAUGAUGGUGACAAUGGAUAA